AUGUCGCUAAUGGCAAAAUCUCACCAAGAUGAUGAUCAUGAGCAUGAUGGUGAUGACUCGGACUGGGUUUCAUGCAGUGAUAGCACUCCUCGCAGCAGUAUCAGUCCUAGCGACGACCAGCACCAAGGCUUGAUAUCAACAUUGAAGUCGAAGAGGAAGUCAUGGUUGACGUCAUUCUCACUUGGCCGAGACAGUUGGCAGAUGAAUAGGACAAAUGCUACUAGGGAUGCCGACGCUCGUGUCUCCACGCCUAGAAGAAGCCUAGAUCAUCCGUUGACCGGGCAUGGGCCUGAAGCUGCGACUGCGGAAGUGGCACCUGCUGCGCCGCCUAAACGUCCACCAGAAGCUUCUGAUAAAGCACCCCUUGGGCCCCUGGCACCCAGGCUGGCAGCAGCUGUGCCUGGCUUGAAUCGGCUGUUCCAGAAUUUGACUCGGCGCAGCCAAUCCUUGAACACCACCACUGGCAAUAUCGUCCACACUUUUGCUCCUCGCUCCGGCUGCAGUAACCGCACGCCAGGUUCUCCGAUCCCAACUCCUGGUCCUCUUCCACACAAGAAUAAUGUCGACGGGCUCGAUGAGGAGGAGGCGGCCGCAAAACCAACCCGCAUUCACUCUCUGAGCGCGACGACAACCCUGAACAACCCUCCGUCCACCCCUCGAACCAUCUCGAGGGUCGCAAGAAUGGAUCUCAACAACCCCUCGCGGAGUCCCAACCUGGCUGACCUUCUGACGGGCCUGUCAAGUCCUGAAGAUGCCACCCGGAAGAUGGCAGCCUUCAAGCUGCAGUCACUCAUUAACGAUCCCUCUUUCGCUGAGCACUUCGUCAUCUCUGGUGGUCUGCCACGCCUACGCACCUUGAUCCUCGAAACCAGCGGAAACACGUUGGCAUACAGCCUUGCCAGUUUCGCACGACUUCUCGAGGUUGAUCAAGGAUGGGAAGCUGUCAACAACAAGGUGGUUGUAGAACUGGUGGUUUGUCAACCCCUGGUCAAUAUCCUCAGAGGCGCAAUGGCCAUUCUCGUAUCUAUCGUCUCCCGACCAUACCAUGCCGACAGGUCAUCUCAGAUCAACAACAAAUCGAACAAUGCUGGUGGAUUCCAAGCCUUGAAACCGGCCAUAUCGCUAUACCCACAGUUUCUUGAGAUGCUUGUUACAAGAUUGUCUUCGGCGGAUCACGCCUUGUGCGCAAAUGCGCUACAGUUGAUCAAUUCCUUAAUGCGAGACGCGAUCACAAAUGACAAUGAAACUGAAUGGCCAAAAUUCAUCAAGCGUAUCCAAGACCUGGGAGUCAUCAAAGCCGUGUAUGUUCUCAUGCAAAGCUCCGCAUUGCAGGAUCUGGCACAUCCACUCUUGGAGUUUCAGGCUCUCACCAAAAUCCUCCUCAAACGCUGGAGAGACGUUCCAGUAGAUCUCGUCAAACCUGAACAUCGACGGACAAUCAAGGCCGUUCAUCUUUCUAGCAACCCCGAAAAACAUUCCGAGGGCGAAAAUGAAAAUGGGGAACCAAAGUCCAGACACAACCCUCAAAAAUGGCGACGUAUUGGCUUCACGUCUGAGAAUCCAGAGCCUGAUUUUUCCGAUAUGGGGUUUCUAGGAAUGAUGGACUUGUCAGACUACGUGCGCAAGCAUCAAGAUGAAUUUCAAAAUAUUCUUCUGGAGCAAUCUGUCUCUCCGGAACAAAAGGCAUGUCCUUUGGCACGAGCAAGUUUGACCAUGACGGCGAUUCUCUUCGAGCAUUUCGAGGUAGAGAAAAUGGAACUUGAGGACUCCAAGAGCUAUCUAGCUCUGGAAAGUCGGACUAAUUUUGAUAAGGUCUUCAAGCCACUAUUGUUACACUGGAGCCGACUCCAUGUCGCGGGUCUACACGCCUUUUUCAGGCUAUGGAAAGCCACAGGAGCCGAGUCGGAUGACUUUGUCAAGAUCGUAGAGCUGGUGCGGAUCUUGAUUGAAAGUGUGGUUGGUGGCGCGGAACGAACUAAAGGUAUCGACGAAAUAGAGAAGGAGCUGGCAGCUUUCGAGUACAGCAAAUUGAGGGAGCUCCAGAUGGAGCUGCUCGAACUGACGUACGAGGACGUCUGGGGUCAACACCUCCAUGGAGCCAAGGAGGAGUUGAACACCGAGGCCUUACAAUUUGUCAAGGAGCAAAGGAUUCGGUGUCUCCUCGCCGGGGCUUGGUUUCCCACUGGCUUUACAUAUGCCGAUCAGGAGUCUGGUGGAGCGGUUACAGAGAAUACGCUUUUGCAAAGCGCACCGACCCGCUAUCGCUUCCUUCGACUCUCGGAGAAUCGGAGGUAUCUCCAUUGGGGUGAUUUCGACGAGAAGGAAGAGACUUCACCGUCUAUACCAAGUCUGAGAGACAAGAUAGAUCUCUCAAUUGUCUCCUCGGUGGUGUCGAAUGUUACGGCUAAUGAUCGCUCAUCGAUUAGCUCGGACUCGACGCUCAAGGAGCUGACCCAUGACAAGUUCACAACGAACAAGAUUACCAUUCAUGGAUAUGUGCCAAAGUCGCGAGACAGGCGGGAUGGACAUUCACGAACUUCAUCCAAGACAUCAUCUGCUCGAAGUACGAACAAAGAAUCAGUACUACUCACGUUUCAACCUCAAAGUCAUGGAUCUGCCUCGGAAUGGCUAGAUGGUCUUCUCAUGCUUCUGGACCAACAACCGAUUACUGCUGAGACCAACCGAUUGAUCAACAUGAUCAGUGACUAUGGGCUGAAGGUGCGAUUACUGAACGUCCGCUUCAACGAUGAAGAAGGCAUCGUCGAAGGAAUGGAUGGUAUAGAUGGACCGCAAAUACCGAGCAGAGAAGGUCUGGAUGAGGAUUAUUACUAUGAAAUCUGA